AUGUCUGCUCCCCGAAUCAUCAGCCGCUUCCUGCGGCCUACGCCAGCUGCCUUCAAGGCGCGCUCGGCUUCGGCAAUCACCCGUACAUUCGGCACGACCGGUCUGCGCUUCAAGGGCCCGGAGGACGCAUACACUGGCAAGCUUGAGCACUUCACUGGUGGUCGUCAGGACCAGGGGCCUCAGAAGCCCGAGUUGGAGGUGGGAGAGAUGGAGGGCAUUACGUUCAAGGUUGAGCCCUUGAAGAGAUCUGGCGAGGAUACUACAACCAUGCGAGCCCGGCUACUAUACCAAAGCCGCAAGCGCGGUAUCCUCGAAUCCGACCUUCUCCUCUCUACAUUCGCCGACGUCUACCUGGGCACCAUGACCCACGCCCAGCUACAAGAAUAUGACCGCUUCCUCGAUGAAAACGACUGGGACAUCUACUACUGGGCAACCCAAGACCCGCCCUCCGAAGUUCCCGACGCCGCGCAGCCGCCCAAGGAAGACACCGUCACGGAGACGUGGAAGAACACCGGCGCCAAGAGCGGCGAGUGGGCGCAGACUAUUGGUGCGUUCAAGGCUGCAUAUCGGCCUGUGCCGUCGCGGUGGACGGACUCGGAGGUGCUGCGUUUGUUGAGGGAGCAUGUUCGUGAUAAGAGUGCGACGGGCUUUGAGUCUGCUAAGAAUAAGAAGGCUGGUGGUGGUGGUGGAUUGGGUCGCAUGCCUAAUGUGCAGGUUUUCAACUAG